AUGGAAAAAUACCCCGAUGUUAUUCCUCUUGUAGGUAAAGAAACAUGGGAUAAUGUCUAUAAACCAGAUGUUGAUAGUUAUUUGUUAAUGAAUGUUUUAGAAAAAGAAAGAGAUUUCAUUAACAGUCAUGAACCAAUGACAUCACUUGAAAUUGGAGUUGGAAGUGGUAUUGUAUCAAAAUACGUUAAAGAAUUAUUCCCACGAAUAACUACAUUCUGCAGUGAUAUUAAUCCGUAUGCACUUGAAUGUACGAAAAAAGUUCAUAAAGAAGGGAAUUUAAUUGAAAGCUCAUUGAUAGAAUCAAUCAGAGACGAAUCAAUUGAUUUGUUUAUAUACAAUCCACCAUAUGUUCCAACACCAGAAGAAGAACUUCAUCAUUCAUAUCUUUCAUUAAGUUGGGCAGGAGGAAAAGAUGGGAGAGAAAAAAUUGAUUGUGUAAUUGAACAUUUGUGGGAUAUAUUAUCACCAAGAGGAAUUGGUUAUAUUGUAAUAAUUCAAGAUAACGACCCAAAAGCAAUUAUAGAAAUGGCAGUUAAACAUAAUUUGAGACCUAAAAUCAUUGAUUCCAUCAUUCUUGAAACAGAAAAGUUAUAUGUUUUACGAUUGAUCCCAAUCUUUGAGAUAAAUGAAUAA